UUGUUGAUCACGACCUCGCCUCCGUGAGGCCUGAGAUUCUUUCGAACUGGAGCUUUGCUUCUCAUGACGCAGAGUGAAGUAUCAACUGGGAUAUUUCUGGUAAAACCGAAAGCAAGAAAAAGCAAGGUGCACACUUCAGGAAGCACCAGCCCCUGUGGGACUGUUGGAGGCCUUGGGGGGAUUCGGGUGCCAUCCCCAAAGUGACAAACAGAUGUAUGGACCUUUCUUCUGAAAGAAAGGAGGGCUCAUGCUGGCAAAUCAACUCCAAACCCAGGAUUGCUUGUGAAGAACUCACAAAGGGGAACACACACAGAAAACCUAGAGGGAAACAUCGAGAAAGCGAGAAGGGCAGGAAUCGUGACACACCUGUUGCUUCAGCAGCUACUUACCCGAAGAGGGAGCAAAAUGUCCCUGAAGUUACCAAGAAACUGGGAGUUCAACCUGAAAGUGGAGGCUGGGAGAAUAGCUCGGUCCAGGAGUGUGAUGACCGGCGAGCAGAUGGCCGCCCUCCACCAGCCGUCAGCCCCCAACCCGCUGGAGAGGCCCAUCAAGAUGGGCUGGCUGAAAAAGCAGGGGUCCAUCAUGAAGAAAUGGCAGCAGAGGUACUUCGUGCUGAGGGCGCAGCAGCUCUUCUACUACAAGGACGAAGAGGACACGAAGCCGCAGGGUUGCAUGUAUCUACCAGGAAGUACAGUCAAGGAGAUCGCCACGAACCCGGAAGAGGCGGGGAAGUUUGUCUUUGAAGUCAUUCCAGCCUCAUGGGACCAGAGUCGCACAGGACAGGAUUCCUAUGUCCUCAUGGCCAGCUCUCAGGCCGAGAUGGAGGAGUGGGUUAAAUUCCUUAAGAGAGUCGCUGGCACGCCCUCUGGAGCUGUGUUUGGCCAGCGUUUGGAUGAGACCGUAGCCUAUGAGCAGAAAUUCGGCCCCCACCUGGUGCCCAUCCUGGUGGAGAAGUGUGCAGAGUUCAUCCUCCAGCAUGGUCUGAAUGAAGAGGGCAUCUUCCGACUGCCUGGGCAGGACAACCUGGUGAAGCAGCUCAGAGAUGCUUUUGAUGCCGGGGAGCGGCCCUCCUUUGACAGAGAGACAGAUGUGCACACAGUGGCCUCCCUGUUAAAGCUCUACCUCCGUGACCUCCCGGAGCCCGUGGUUCCCUGGAAUCAGUAUGAGGGGUUCCUGCUCUGUGGGCAGCUCAUGAAUGCAGAUGAGGCAAAGGCUCAGCAGGAGUUGGUGAAGCAGCUGUCCAUCCUUCCUCGAGACAACUAUAGCCUCCUGAGCUACAUAUGCAGGUUCCUACAUGAAAUCCAGCUCAACUGUGGUGUUAACAAGAUGAGUGUCGAUAACCUGGCUACGGUGAUUGGUGUGAAUCUCAUCAGGUCGAAGGUCGAAGACCCUGCUGUGAUCAUGAGAGGGACUCCUCAGAUCCAAAGAGUGAUGACCAUGAUGAUCAGAGACCACGAAGUCCUCUUCCCCAAGUCCAAGGAUGCACCCCUGUCACCCCCAGCUCAGAAAAAUGACCCUAAGAAACCUCCAGUAGCUCGAAGCUCUGUAGGUUGGGAUGCCACUGAAGACCCUCCAAUUUCUAGGACAGAGAGCUUCAGUAAUGCGACCAGCGACUCGGACACAACCAGCCCCACCGGACAACGGCCGAAUGAUGGGUUUCUGGAAGAGAGCAGUAAAGCCCCCAGGGAAAAGCUAGGUGAUUGGAAACUGCAGUCACGGAAAAGGACUCAGACACUCCCUAAUCGGAAAUGCUUCUUGACAUCAGCGUUUCAAGGUGCCAACAGCAGCAAAGUGGAGAUCUUUAAAAAUGAGUUCUGGUCACCUUCCUCAGAGGUAAAGGCCGGGGAAGGGCACAGGAGAACGAUGUCUCAAGGCGUGCCCCCCUGCCCAGACUCCCAGCGGACUUCCACCUAUGAUAAUGUCCCUGCCCCGACCCGUACCCCUGGGGAUGAGGCAGCUGCCGGCUCUUCCCAAGCUUGUGAUUCCAAGAGAGAAACUCUUGCCAGCUCCACCUCUGAAACCGGGCCUGGAAAAAAGAACUCUGGGGAAGAGGAACUUGAAUCCUUGCAGAGGGUGGUCCAGGAGCUGCAAAAGGAAAUAGAAACACAGAAGCAAACGUAUGAGGAACAGAUUAAAAACCUUGAGAAGGAAAAUUAUGAUGUCUGGGCCAAGGUGGUGAGGCUCAAUGACGAACUGGAGAAGGAGAAGAAGAAAUCUGCAGCCUUGGAAAUCAGCCUCCGCAAUGUGGAGCGCUCCCGAGAGGAUGUUGAGAGGAGGAACAAGGCCCUGGAAGAAGAAGUCAAAGAAUUUGUCAAAUCGAUGCAAGAGCCCAAAGCUGAUGCUUGAGGGUUCCAAGCAUACCAUGAAGACAGCCCACAGAGGCUCACCCAACACACUCCCUUUCUCGGUGCUAUCUGAUGACUGAGAGGCAAAAUUACUCCCUAGGAGGGAGAAGACAUUUGAGGAGAAAUAUCACUUUUCCUGGUAAAAUAAACCAGUGGAGUUGGCAGGAAGAUGAGGGUGAGCAGGGACGUGUGAGGACAUCCAUGACUUCUGUAGCUGUAUUCAAAAGGAUUGCAUUCUUCCACUGUGGUCUCAGGCCGAGUGAAAUGGAACUUUCCAUGCUGGGUGACUAUGUCCAAUGGAGACAUUUGAAGCAGGCCACAUCCCAGGACCUGGCAAAAGACUGGCCCCAACCAAGGCUGGACUGAGGCAUUAGUUCUUUUUUUUCUUUCUCUGUGGAACAGUUCAUCUAAUCAGAUGGUCUCAUGAUGGCCUUGAGACACAGGGACAGAAAAUGACAUUUAGCUUUCUUGUACUCACCUGUGGUGAGCUGGUGAGCUGUGUUUUGGGGGGCUUCACCUGCUGACCAAAGCCCCAUUUUGUACCCCCUUCCAUGAUGCCCACUCUCUAGGGCUGGAAAGUCAAAAUUAUUAUUAGACUAAGACAAAGCAAGCAAUAAACUUUGUAUUUAUGAAGGCAAAA